UCUUUGUUGAAGCGCCUGUUCCUCCGCUAGCACCAGUCGAAGGUAAAGCGAUUCGUCCAGAAAGCGAGUUUUGUGACGCUGGUCGUACCAAAAUUGGGAUGAGGACACCGAAACACCGUUGACAAUGACCGGUCCAGCCGAGGAUACCAAGAGUCAAUUGACAUUGCUGUCGUCGAAGCUUCUUCAUCAACACCAAGCGGUGGAAGCGGCUUUAAAUCGUCAUGUCUUUGUGUGGAAGGAAAUAGAAGAGAAAAGCCAAAAAAGAAGCUCUGGCAUUUCUAAAACAUCUCGCAGUCACAUCGUUCAAGUAAGCGAAAUUGUAGGCAUCCACAAGGUAGAAGACGAGGACCACACAAAGUCCAAGUGGGACCAGAAGAAGACGCUACAGUUCUCCCAGCUGUUUCCCAAUGCCUUCACAGUUUUCUAUGUGAAGCGGACAAAGAAUCACCGGUGGCGCUGCAAUGAAGCAACCUUUUCCUGCUCUAGUGCGGAACUUUGUGAGCAGUGGAUCCAAGUUACAAGGGAACAGCUGUCAUUACUCACGAACCGACCAAAACGACUGCUGGUCUAUAUCAACCCGUUUGGGGGAAAGAGGCGCGGGAAGCGUAUUUAUGAGGAGAAGGUGGCUCCCGUGUUUCAGCAAGCCGGCAUCUCCGCCGACGUGAUUGUUACAGAGCGUGCCAAUCAUGCCAGAGACCACUUGACGACGGAGGCCAAUCUCCAACAGUAUGACGGAGUGGUUUGUGUGGGUGGAGACGGGAUGUUCAGUGAAAUCCUGCAUGGGUUGGUAGCCAGGACCCAAAACGACAACAAGGUGGACCAGAACCGACCGGAUGCUGAACUGAAGCCGUGCAUGCUACGCAUAGGGAUCAUUCCUGCAGGGUCAACUGAUUGCAUCUGCUUUGCCACUGUAGGAACAAAUGAUCCAGUCACGUCUGCUUUACACAUUAUCAUUGGUGAUUCCCAGCCUAUGGAUGUGUGUUCUGUUCACCACAAUGACGUCUUUCUCAGAUACUCAGUCUCAUUGCUUGGGUACGGUUUCUAUGGAGACGUACUGGCAGACAGCGAGAAGAAGAGAUGGCUUGGUCCUGCUCGAUAUGACUUAUCAGGGGUAAAAGCUUUCCUGUGUCACAAUUACUAUAAGGGCACCGUCUCCUUCCUGCCCGCUGAGGACAACUUGGGGCAUCCGAGGGACAAGCUGCAGUGUCGAUUUGGGUGCAGCAUCUGUCAGCACAAGCAGUCAUCAAAGGACAAGCUCAGGGAGACAGCAGACGAGGAGACGGCUGCCGAAGUCAGCAGCAGCAGCUGGAAGGUGAUCUGCGGGAAGUUUAUCGCCAUCAACGCAGCCAACAUGAGCUGCGCAUGCCCCCGCAGUCCCAAAGGCCUGUCGCCCUCUGCUCACCUUGCCGACGGCACUGCAGACCUGAUCCUGGUUCGGAAGUGUUCCCGUCUGGACUUCUUCAGGCACCUUCUCCGACACACCAACACAGACGAUCAGUUUGACCACUCGUUCGUUGAGGUUCACCGUGUGAGGAAGUUCCACUUCGAGCCGUUAGACCCUCAACCUCUUUUGCUGGAAAACCAGAGUGAGCUUCCAAAGAAGCCGGGCUUUUGCCCCUUGGGCUCGGCACAGACAACAUGCAUCCCCAGCGCAGCGCACAGCAGCUGGAACUGCGAUGGCGAGAUCCUGCAUCACGCCGCCAUUCAAGUCAGCGUCCACCGCCAGCUGAUCCGGCUGUUUGCCCGCGGCAUCGAGGAGCAGCAGCAGCGGGUUUGAAGACCUUCCUGCACCUUUUAUGUGAACCAAACCAAAAAAACAAAAGUGCUGCAUAGAAAAAAAAAUAUUCCUUUCAAUUCCUCAAAGCGUCUUUGGUUUAGAAGUAAAGGCAUUCUUAAGAUGGACGCAGAGAAACAGAGCUAGACUCAAACAAUCAUGAGAAGCUUCCAUAAGGCAAACACUCCUGAAGUUCAUCAACCAGCUGUAGUUUCUCAGAAACACAUCUGAUCAUUCUGACCAAAAAUGUAAAAAAACCCUGAAGAUAUCAGCUCUUAAGAAAUCAGCUGGGGGCCCCCGCUAACAGACCCCUGAUGUUCUGCUGGUUGGUGAAGCCCAGUAGCUGCUGCACCUGUAACUCCUGGCUUUGCUGCGUCCAAAGAGGCAGCACAGAGUUCAACCCGCACCCGUGAGAAGGCUCAAUCCUGUGGCGUGCUGUAGGACGUAACCGAGCCGGAUUUAGCUCUGUAGCUAGAGGUCAAGCUGGUCUUGAUGUAGCACAAGCAAAGCUUUUGAUAAACUGACUUUUGUUUGUUUUUGUGUUGUGUUUUUUUUGAGGGGGGCAGUUUUCAGCAGGAGUGAAACUAUAAGCAGGAGAAAAAGCGACCCAGACUUUGCAAGAGAAAGGUGCUGAAAAAAAGACAUUUAAAUUAGCAUUAAAAACAUGUAGCAACCUUUAGCAACCAUCACUUCUAGCAUUACACGUCAAGAGUGAAGCUGUGGUUAUAGAUCAGUGUUUAGAAAGAAUAAAAAUAGUACGUUUUCUUUUGCAGUGUUCAUUAUCAAUUGUUGUGUCGCUGUUCCAUAGAUUACAAAGAUCCUUCUUCAUCAGGAUAACUCGCUACUUCCUGUUUCCUCCUGGUGUUCUCCACAAUCUUUGUAUGACAUGUUUGUGUUCAUGAAGCAUGAAGGCGCAGAUGUGAACAAUAAUAUUUGGAGGUGACCAAAGCAAAGACAUUUCUCUGUUGUAUUUUUAGAUUGAUGAAGAAGAGAAAUAGGAAUCCAAAUAAAGAAAAUGUAGGAAAACAA